GUGUCGCAAUGCGCAGGAAGACCUGAAGGUCGAAGGUUACUGUGUGAAUUGUCGGCCAUCUUGUUGUCUGGGAGUUGGGCGGAAUCUGCCGAUUGUUGUCUUGUUUACCUAGGAACUCUGAGCUUUGUUUACUCAGGAGCUCCAGCACUACUCUUCCAUGGACAGGGGAACCAGGUAUCAACCGCUGACCAAUGAGGAGGAGACUGAGGUUACUAUGGAGAUGUCCAGACCUCUGACCGUGGCUCUGGUCGUCCCUCCACCCUCACCUGCUGAGACACAACCAGGCACACCUGAGGAGUCAGACCAUGAAGAGGACAGACUUGAAGCCAGUGCCCAGCCUGCCCCGCCCCCCUACUCAGAAGUGGCUGCCAAGCUGCCUACCUACGAGGAGGCCACCAAGAUCACGGACAGUAAUGGACAAGUGACAGAGACCCUGAGCAGUGAUGAUGAGUCCAUCAGCAGCACAGGCAGAGACAUGACCAUGGGCAAUGACUCCAUCUUCUUCCUAUCAUUUGUCUUUGCGUUCCUGUUUAACUGGAUCGGUUUCCUGAUGGCGUACUGUCUCAGCUCCAGCGCUGCGGGACGUCUGGGAGCCCUGUCAGGCUUCGGCUUGUCACUGGUCAAGUGGAUACUCAUCUUCAAGCACUCACAAUGCUGUACAGAUAUUGUGGACAGCCAGACCUGGCUAUGGUGGAUCCUCAUUGUGUUGGGUGUAAUGAUAUGUCUCCAAGGACUCUUCAACUACGUGCGCGUCCGCCGGCAAGCCAUACAGGGCAACAACCGACACUACUUGUUCUUCUACUACUGAACAGUAGGGACUAAUCUUUUCUGGACUAUCUAUCCUCCAACAGUAUAAGUUCCUAUUUUCUUCCAGAGGGUCGUUGUUGUUAUAUGUAAUAUUACCGAUAGAUAAGACCUGUUAGUUACAUGUACAUGUACAGGCCAUGGCAACUUCAUUUGUAUGUACUACAUGUAUGCCAGAGUGAGAGUUGUAUGGGUAUUGUGGAAUAGUGUCAUCACAGGAUCCUUCUGGUGAAGAUACGGACAAAAGACACCUUUAUUAGUUGAAGUUACAUGAAGCAUGACUAAAAUUACAUACGGUCAACAUGUUCUUAGAUUUACUAUUAUAGUAAAAACCAGACAUCAAGCACAAAUGUCUGGUGAGGCCAGCUCUUGGGUGAUGCAGACAGACUGGUCUAAAAAAAUUCUGUCUUGUUUCUUGAAUGCCUCCUAUCUUUAAAGUUUUACAAACAUUCCUAACUGCUCUCCGAUAAAUCCUGUGUUUAACAAUUUAGUAGAUGGAAAGUUAGUUUGUAUGUGCCAUAAUCAAGGCAUUAAAAAACACAAUAGACUGAAGUGUAAAAAAAACUCUGCACGAUGCAAUGAUACUGUUUGUGCCAUUUUACAGCUGUCUUGGUGCUGGGGAAUUCUGUACAUGUAAUUAUAUUAAACUGUAGGUCUAUGUGAA